CUACAGUAAAAUCCCAAACCCUUUCCAUUCAACCUCUCCUCCAGUUAAGCCCAUCUCCCUGGGGAUUUAGCAAGCUUCAAUUCGACGUCCAGGCUUUAUAGCUGUAACUAUAAUCUUUCAGAUUUCCUUGUUUGCUCCAGCACUCGCUCUAUGCUUCUCUGUUUUCUUAUUGGCUAAUACAGCCUGAUCACAUUCUUUGUAUUUUUACAGUUUUCUUAUCAUGAAGAGGACAAUGCCAUGGAGUGACAAUGAUGAUGACUCAUCAUCAGAUGAAUCUUCAUCAUUACAUUCAGAUUCCGAGCACAAUAGUGAAACUGGAAAGAAAAAAUCAAAAGAUAAACCUAGAGAGCAGAAAAGCGGAGUUAUUGAUUUUGAAGCUCUAAAGCGACAUGGAUUUAAAGGUGGACCUUCAGUCUUGAACGUGCCCCAACCGAAGGAAGGGGAGAAGGAGCAAGAUUGGUCUUGGUCAACUGGAAAGGAAAGGCCUGGAAACAAAGAGGUUGAAGAGUCAUUUGAAGAAAGACAGAAAACAAGAGCUGCUAUAUCCCUUGGUGAGCAGCUGUCAACUGUUCAGACUCAGAGAGAGAAGAAGAACAUCUCCUUUUCUCAGAAGGAGAAGAGAAAAAGAGAGCUUGGUCAGGCAAGCCGCGGGAAAAAUUAUGUUGAAGAAGAGAAGAGGUUGCUGAGGGAUAGCGGUAUAUAUUCUGGUUUUGAUACUUGAUAUCCUAACCUAAAAUUAUCUUCAUCGUGUAAAGUGUUACUGUCUUCGGGAUCCCAUGUGCUGAAAUGAUUUGGUUGUAACUGUGGUUUGCAUUUGGAAACUUGAACAACUCGGGGGUUAAUCCACGAUGGUCUCCGGGAAACUUUGGAAAUGCAGUUCUUGCAGUUGAACUUGAAUAGAAUGCGUUUCCCUUGCUCGGCCUA